UUCACUUUAGAGGCAGAAAAAGAAAGCUCUUCUGAGUUCUGAGAGUGCCAUUCUAAUUGUAAUUUUCUUUAUUUUGAUGUUUGGCGCACAGCUUUGAACUCUGAGCUCCCAAAGUUGAAGCCUUUUAGGCCAUUGAGAUGGAAAAGUUUAAUCUUCUGAUUGCUUCUGUGGUUCUCUGUUUCUUGGUCUUUCAUGGAACAACUGGGAAUGCCAUUGCUUUAAGAGCCCAAGAUGGAUCAGAAGCUUGGGGAUAUGUUGAAGUCAGACCAAAAGCUCAUAUGUUCUGGUGGUAUUACAGAAGCCCAUCCAGAGCUGAAGAUCCAAACCAGCCAUGGCCAAUUAUUCUCUGGUUGCAGGGUGGACCUGGGGCUUCAGGAGUUGGAAUUGGAAAUUUCGAGGAAGUUGGCCCCCUGGAUAUUAACUUGAAGCCUAGAAAUUCAACAUGGUUGAACAAAGCUGAUCUCCUCUUUGUGGAUUGCCCGGUUGGAACUGGAUACAGUUAUGUGGAGGAUACUAAGCAAUUUGUAAAGACUGAUUGGGAGGCUGCAACUGAUUUGACUACAUUGUUGAUAGAAGUGUUUAAUAGUAACGAGAGUUUACAGAAAAGUCCGUUGUACAUAGUUGCAGAGUCCUAUGGAGGAAAAUUUGCAGUUACUCUUGGAUUAUCCGCUCUGGAAGCCAUCGAGGCAGGGAGAUUGAAGCUCAAACUUGGCGGAGUCGCAUUGGGUGAUAGUUGGAUCUCACCGGAAGAUUUUGUGUUUUCUUGGGGACCUCUUCUGAAAGAUGUUUCGAGGCUGGAUGAAAAUGGCUUCCAACAAUCAAACAGUCUAGCUUUGAAAAUUAAGCAGAAGCUUGAAGCGGGUGAGUUCGAAGAAGCAACUGAUUUAUGGGGUGACCUUGAAAACGCAAUAAGUGCUAGCAGUAACUCAGUGGAUUUCUACAACUUUAUGUUGGAUGCCGAUAUGGAUCCUCUAUCCGUCGCUGCUUCUGAGCUAUCCCAAGCAUUGGCGUUGAAACGAUACUCGAGAUACCUACAAUCCCGGAGUUCUUCUCUAGGUAGCGAUGCUGAUCUUAGCAAACUGAUGAAUGGUCCUAUCCGAAAGAAGUUAGGAAUCAUCCCAGAAAAUGUUCUUUGGGGCGAGGAAUCUGGUCUUGUUUUUGAAAAUAUGUAUGGGGACUUCAUGAAACCAAGGAUCAAUGAGGUUGAUGAAUUAUUGGCUAAAGGAGUGAAUGUGACUAUAUACUCUGGACAGCUUGAUGUCAUCUGUGCCACAAAGGGAACAGAAGCUUGGAUCCAAAAGCUCAAGUGGGAAGGGCUGAAAACAUUCUUGAGCUUGGAGAGAAGUCCACUAUAUUGUGGGAAUGACAAAACUACAAGGGGUUUCACCAAGUCAUACAGAAACCUACAUUUCUACUGGAUUCUUGGAGCUGGUCACUUUGUUCCAGUGGAUCAGCCGUGCGUGGCAUUGGACAUGGUGGGUAGCAUAACACAGUCCCUAGCUAGUUCAAAGUGACAUCGGUACUUACAAAGAACCUUGUAAUUCAACGACAUAAGUGUGAGACUUGAUAAGAUAUUAUCUCAUAUAUAAAAUAAAAAAGUGAGGUUGAUACUCCA